CAUUUUGAAAUGAAGACAUCGAUAGGGGCGUGGAACAGUCACACCGAUGUAGUGCAGGCGAUCAGUGACAGUCAGUAGUGAAGAAAAACGGGGGGAAAAUCAUUGUUUACAAGCAAAAAUAGUUUCGUGGGCGUCGAGUAGUGUUGGAUAGUCGAUUCUUCUGUCGAUAAAAUGGGAAACUGCCACACUGUCGGACCAAAUGAGGCCUUGGUGGUCUCAGGUGGCUGCUGUGGCUCAGAUCAGAAGACAUAUGUUGUCGGAGGCUGGGCUUGGGCCUGGUGGCUCAUCUCUGACAUCCAGAGAAUGUCUCUGGAGGUUAUGACCAUCCUCUGUCGCUGUGAGAAUAUCGAAACCUCGGAGGGUGUUCCCUUGGAUGUGACAGGGGUGGCUCAGGUGAAGGUGAUGACAGAAAACGAGCUGCUGGGUUACGCCUGCGAACAGUUCCUAGGGAAGUCAGUCGUUGAGAUCAAGAGUGUCAUCCUGCAGACACUCGAGGGUCACCUGCGUGCCAUCCUUGGCACCCUAACUGUUGAGCAGAUUUACCAAGACAGAGACAAAUUUGCCAUCCUGGUGCGAGAGGUGGCAGCACCUGAUGUCGGCCGCAUGGGCAUCGAGAUCCUCAGCUUCACCAUCAAGGAUGUAUAUGAUAAAGUGGAGUACCUGAGCUCACUGGGGAAAACGCAGACAGCUGCAGUACAGAGGGAUGCAGACAUCGGAGUGGCAGAGGCAGAGAGAGACGCUGGCAUCAGGGAAGCCGAGUGUAAGAAAGAAAUGAUGGACAUUAAGUUCCUAGCUGAUACAAAAAUGGCCGACUCCAAACGAGAGCUGGAAAUGCAGAAAGCCUCCUUCAAUCAGGAAGUGAACACAAAGAAAGCAGAGGCUCAGCUGGCGUACGAGCUGCAGGCUGCCAAAGAGCAGCAGAAGAUCCGUCUGGAGGAGAUCGAAAUCGAGGUGGUGCAGAGGAAGAAGCAGAUCACAAUUGAGGAGAAGGAGAUCGACCGCACAGACAAGGAGCUCAUCGCCACUGUGAAGAGACCUGCAGAGGCCGAAGCCUACAAGAUGCAGCAGCUGGCUGAGGGACAGAAGAUAAAGACGGUGCUGAUGGCACAGGCAGAAUCUGAGAAGAUCCGCUCCAUCGGUGAAGCAGAGGCCGCCUCCAUCGAAGCGGUGGGAAAGGCAGAGGCUGAGAAGAUGAGGUUGAAAGCUGAAGCCUACCAGCAGUAUGGCGAAGCUGCCAAGACAGCUUUGGUCCUCGAAGCUCUGCCCAAGAUUGCCGGUAAGGUUGCUGCACCCCUGUCCAAGACCAAUGAGAUUGUCAUCCUGAGUGGAGAAGGCAGCCGCGUGACUGGAGAAGUGAACCGUCUUUUAGCUGAACUCCCUGUGUCCGUCAACGCCCUCACUGGAGUGGAUCUGACUAAGAUCCCUCUGCUUCAGAAGAUGACCAACCCACAGUGCCAAACAGCCAUCUGAUGAGUCAGACCAGAGACUCGUUAAUCACAAUCCGACAUAUACCUGCCUCAAGCAUGAAAACAGUUUUUUCAGCCUCUGACCCCUUAUGCAACUGCCUUUGACCAGAAACACUUGACACCAACCAAGAGGUUUUUUAUAUUUUUAAGAGGUUUUUAAUUUUCUAAAGGAAAAACAAAGCUUGGGCCUUACUUCUACAGGACCAGACUGUAUGUAUCUUUUGUUGUUUUUAGUUGCUGGUUUUGACACUUUGCUCUAUAUCAAACUGCACUAGUUAGCUAGGAUUAUAUGCUGCAAUCCUGUUCAGUCCUACAAGUCAUCCAAAGUAGAGUUGUAGGUUUUUGUUUUGGGGUGUUUCUUUUUUUUUUACAUCGGAGUUAGUCCACUUUGAAUGUGGCAGUGUUUAUUGAAGGAAAACACACACCACUGUCUUCAAUAGUUAGUGCUGGAAAAAGUUCCACAACAUUAAGGACAAAUCUGAAUAUUGCUCUCUUCUCUGGAGCUGUUUAAAUUUCUUGAUGCCUGAGGUUUGGAGUGCACCGCUUUUCUGUCAGGUGUGGUGACAUUUAUUCAUCCUAGGAUCAGAGCAAAGUGUGUCAGCUCCUGCCUCUUCAUUAAACAGUCAUUCGUCUAAUGCUCAGAGCCCAGUUAAUGAAAUAACUUGCAGUAGACUGAACACAGUAUGAAAUUGGCAGCCUUUAUUUCCUCUCUGCUUUUAAAACUCUCUUUUCUUCUAGAUUAGUUAGACUUAUCUUUAACUCUGAAAUAACUUGAUGGAUUUACAAACAGCUGUUAAACUUCAGGCUCACCAGAUCUUCACCCACUGUGAUUGUAAAAUUUACAGUAUAUUACAAUAUUAGUGAUAUUUGAAUCACUUGUCUGAUCAUUCUUACCUCACGGUAUGUUGUCAUGUUUCCUGUCUUCUGAUGUGCAGUGCCUGUUCACCACUCAAGUGCCCAAACCUUUAGGACAGCGGUUUGGCUAUAGUUGGAUUUAUGUCAGAGUGUAUAACUGUGUCGGAGAUGGACGAUGUUUAAAUAGUGUUCCCUGCUUUCAUAACAUUUGCUUAUACUAACAAUAGUGUUAACGUCUCACUUUUGUCACGUGUUUGGAUACAUAGACAGAUAUAAACGCUAAGCAAAUGUAUAACAGAAAGCCAUACAUAGAGAAAAUUAGCCUUAAAAUAGACCCUGGACGGCUGCCAGACUUACCCAACAUUUCUGUUAUACCUCAAGUGGCAAAUGGUAGAUGUUCAGGGUCUGAGCUUUAACCCUUUUUGUUUCCUCCUCCUGAGAUGAACUGUUAUGCUGUUAGCUCUCCUCCUACUCGGAUGUGGUAACGUGUUUCUCAGAUGUCGUUCCCUUUUGCAGAUCGUGUACAUAUUUUUUUAACUUUAAAGAGUAAACCCCACACUAAAUCUUUUAUCGUAGAAAAGCUUUUUUUUGCACUGACCUCUGUUGGUUGAAAGUUGCCACUCUGCUGCACAUCUGACCACACCCAAUCUGUGGUGACAACGCAGGAAUUAAAUGUUACAUUCAGUCGGUCCACAGGAAGGAAUUAAUUUUGGGAAUAAGCAUGUGAUAAGGUUUUCAACACUGUACACAGUGUUUGAGCUCAGGCGGUUCUCAGUGAGGGAUAUUUAUAAUGUGAAGAGUAUGUAUGGAUCAUAUUGGACCAAUCACAUCACCUGCUGCAGCAUCUAACUCAGAGUGAAGCAUUAACUCUUUUUUGAUUAUGUAAAUCUAAUUUAGUCUGUUACAAUCAUUUAACUGCUCAAAUAUACCAUUGAAAGCCAGAUGACGGUCAAUGUCCAAAGUGAUGCAAUAUAGCAGUACUGGUGCAGUGUGCAACAAGUUGUAAGUUUCGACCUCUAGAUGGCAGGAUGUUAGCAUAGUUUUAACCCAUGUUACGUUACUCUUCAAGCUCAAUGAGCCUUUUGUUGGUGCAGAAAUUUAAACUUAAUGUUUUCAUAUCGACCUCUGUGUUAUUUUCUGACAUUAUCCAGCUUACUGUCUGUACACACAGUUCAGUUGGGCUGGCCUUUUUCAAUUUUGUGUUUUGCUUCUAGUAAAUCACAUAGUGAAUAAUGAUUAACCACUUUUCAAAGUUUGUGAUCUUAAAUGUUUUGUUUUGUUUUUUUCAUUUUACUAGUGACCAUUAUGCAGUUAUCAUAGUUACGCCAUUUUUCUUAUUUUCUGUCAAAUAAACAUGAGGCUUUUGGCUUGUUUAUUCUGAGAAAAUUCACUCAUCUUGUUUCUGUUUUUUCACAUUUUGUUAUAAUUCUCUCUGAGUUCUAAUGUACUUCUGCAGUUAUUACGUGCUGUAAAUGUUGGUGAAAACACUGCCUCGCUCGUCGCAAAUACAAUAUUAUUAACCAACUGCAACAUACAGUAUGUAAUUCUGAAAUUAAACAUUUAAUGUGGCCAGUGAUUUUUAACAAGUGAUUAGUAACAUCUAAUAUUAGUCAUUCAGACCUGACAGAGAUCCUCUUAUCAUGGAUGUGCACUGUUUAAUUUCCCUCUUUAGCUCCCUACUGUUCUGUGAUAAUUGACUGCAGCCUGGUGAAGCGCUCCAACAGUCAUCACUUCAUUGUGGUCUGCUCAGGCUACAGAUGAUUGACAGUCCCGGCAGUCAUAAAGCUUUGUUUUUUGUUUUUUAAACUAGAAAAAAAAAAGAUGGCCGAUCUCGAAUCACAUUUUGCAAUAACUACCCACUCAAAUUAGAUUCUUAGUGCAAUCAAGGUAAUUAUUUUAUAUAUACAAUGCAAUGUUUGCUGAUUGGUUCUUUACAUAUCUGACCAAGUUUAAUCAACUUGUGAGUGUUUGUUUCCCGACUGUGCAAAGGUAAUUUCACUACCCAAACAAAGUUGUAGUGCUCCUGUUAUUGACUGAAGUAGUUUUAUUGUACACAGUGCCUUUGUUAAAUAAUGAAGAGGUUAUUCAUACGUGCACGGUUGUCGAUUGUAUAAAUCACACACUUAGAAGCACUGAUUGGAUAUUCUAUCAUGAAUUUAGGUCAAAGACUGAUCAUUGUGUCCUGUGGAAGAUGUGAUCUUUACACGUAGUGAGUGUCAAGCUGUGUGUUUUCCUUUUUCUACUUUAUCUAUUUUAUGUAUUUUAGUGUAGAAAUAGACAAGGGAACACAGAAAUAACUAUUUAGACAAUUAAUGUAGCGUUCGAUACCAUUUUACAGCUUCUCCUUUGGAAUCUGGACCUCUUAAAGAAUUUCAUUAUUUUGGCCUUUUUUGUGCCAAAAAUAUAAUUUCUUGAUUUGCGUCGUCUAAUCAGAACAGAAGCAACUGUCUGUUGCUCUAAGUAGCAUUUGAGAGGAGAAUGUGGUUAAAGACCAAACAUUAUAGACCUACGCCUUAAUGUCCUCAUCUGAAACAUGUCCAUCUAUUGUCUGUCAUGGAAAUAAUCUUUAAUCUCUAUUAAUAUGAUAUUGUAGAUUUAUCUUGUGGCUUCUCAUGUAACACUGACCUUUGGAAAAACUGAUCCAGCAUGGCAUUUAAAGCAUGUGUUCAUGUUAUUCUGUAUUGUGUGCCAUCUUAUAAUAAAUGUUACACCACCGCU